AAACAAGAAAACAAAGGGUCAUGGAAAACAAUUGUGCUAAUGAGUUUUCUUACUGUAAAAAUCAAUUGUCCACUUGAUUUUUAAAUUUAUAUUUAUACGUGAUUGAGUAAAUGACUACAUACAUUAUUCAUAUAAUUCUUUCACAAUUUUAGGUAAUCAAAAUGAGCACUGUGGUAAUACAGAUACAAUCGUUGUCUUAUAUGUUGCUGAAAGUCUAUCUUCAUGGAGCUAUAGCAAAUUUUAUGAAUAUACUAAAUCAUACCCUAAUUUCGUUUAUGAUGGUUGUAUACAUUUAAAUUUUGUCAAUCAAUCAAAAAUAUAUCAAUUCAAUUUAAAUCAUAUAAAUGAUAUUCAACCACGUCAUUGUUUAGAAUUAUGUAAAAAAUAUAGACAACAAUAUGCUCUUCUUAAUUCAAAUAAAUGUUUAUGUACGAAUAUUUUAAUGGGAAAAAAACGGAGUGAUAGAUUUUCACUUCUAGAUUUUAAUUGUACUCAAGAAUGUCAAGGUAAUUACUUUUAUACAUGUGGAAAUACGAGAAAUUCAACAUUAUAUUCAAUGUAUGUCGAAAAUCCAAAAUGUCCUAGUAAUUUUCAACUUAGUAAUGAUAAACAACGAUGUGUACAAAGGGAUUUUUUAGUAAAGAAAAAUUCUUCUUCAACUGCACAAUCUUAUUGUAAAUCUAUUGGUGGUGUACUUGCAAAAAUAAAUGAUAUUUUAGAAAUUCAAGAUAUAAUACCCGAAUUAACAUUAACUACAAAUUAUUUUAAUGGAUAUCCAUUUUCUUAUACUUCAAAUGCAUUUAAUAUGACAAAAUAUUUUUGGAUUGAUCGAACAUCAGAUAUCAUAAAUGCUAAUAUAAUAUUAGAUCGUUCUAUUAGAAAAUGUUUUCAAACAUCAAAAUCAAUCGAUCAAAAUUGUAUUGUUCUUCGUCGUGAAAAAAUUCUCAUUGAUAA